AUGGGUGAUAGACGCGCCUUUUACGACGGAAGCCUGCAGUACUUCCACAACGUGGAGUUAAUCAUGGAGACUGUGGCCGACGAGUUCAGAGAAAGAGGGUUACCGGAGCCGCUGUUCCAUGUUUUCUCCGAAACGCUGAGUCCGUGCCCUUCGACGGUCACCGGGCUGUUCGACGAAUUCCCAAUUUGGCCGGUCGAGCUUGACAAGAUCGAGGAAUGCUUGGCUGCCGCGACGCCGAUAGAUUGCCCGGAGAAGCAAGCGGGGACUUUCUGCACCCCGAAACGAGCCGGCAUUUUCCGAAUUCGCGACAAGUCCAUCGUUCUUCACGUGGGCUCCGACGUCCAGAACGAAAUGUCUUGCAUGAUUCAAGCCGACGGGGUUCUGAUGGGGUGCAGCACGUUCGGCCAGAUCGCCGGCUUGCUUACGAGAGGCAUAUCCCUCUUCUCCACGCGGUGCAGCGGCGAGGCCACCCCUCAUCAGUACAGGUCGAUCCCUCCCCUCGCGAUCGCGGAAAAAGGGCACCUGUGGGUUCCCAUCGAGGGCUCGUGGCACGAUCCAGUUUUGACCUCGAGGUCAAUCUUCAGCGCCGCGUUAGAUACGUUGCUUGUGGCCAAAAGCCGUCGCUAGUCAUGUCCAGCGCAUCAGGUUGGUGAUGUGCGAGGAUGCCAAUGAAGCUGAGUAUAUUCGCCCCUUUGAUCGAAGCUUAGGUACUUGCUGGAAUGGGGCGGGCUGUGAGGUUGGGCAAAGCGGGGAUUGACUCGUGCCUGGGAGGGUUUGCAUAGCUGAUGGUCUAUAAGUAGAUUGUUUGUUGUCGCCCCGGGCUUAACUCAAAGGUGUCCACAAAGUCAGACAUCAACAAGCCAGGGGCGAGAUAGGAUCUCAAUUCAUGGCGGGUCAUUUCGGCUAGGUAUGUUUGGAGGGGGUCUUUAGAGGAUGCGGUCAAUGUGUGACUGGUUCCUUGAAACAUCGAAACAACAGCACCCACAAGAACAGCCCAAAACAACGUCGUCAGCAACAUCGUGCUGAAACUUUAUUCCACAGAUAUUAUUUUACUCCCCUUUAAAUUGGUGUCUCCCCCGCGCCCAGACGUUAGGUUGUGCGGAAAGAGAUCCCACUGGGGGGUACUUCAAAGGUGCUGUCGUAUGGGGGGAUUCUUCGAGUAGAAGAUUGUCCCAGAGGGAACGGAGGAGGUCAAAGUUGUUUUGGUUGUUUUCUGCGAGUUGCUGUCGGGGACACUUGUCGGGGAGGGAAAUAAAAAUUGACGGAGUUAGUUGUUGUUGGGGAGAGCACAACUUGAUGGAUACGCCGCCGUUCAAUGAAUGUUUGUCAAGGUUUAUUGGGCGGUUCGUUGGCGAAAACAGUUUUUUUGUUUCAGUGUGUUUUGAAUGGAGCGGUGCGGCGAAACUGUUCGGUGCAUUGAACGCACCCGAACGGCAAUGAAAAACGCUCCGGCUCCGUGACAU